AUGGCCUCCCUAGGUGCCAAAUUGAGGUUCGUGGUUACUGCGGGUGUGGGAUUUUUUGCAGAUGGCUACCUCAAUCUCACAAUUGGACUCGUGGUACCAAUUCUUGGUUAUCUAUAUUUCCAAGAUGGCAAAGUCCCAUCAGUCAACAGUGACAUUAUCAAAGGUGGCCUAAGUCUAGGCAUGGUUGCUGGUCAGCUUUUAUUUGGAGUCCUCAGUGAUGUAUUGGGUCGUCACACUAUAUACGGAAAAGAGCUACUGCUCACUAUUCUCGGAACCCUGAUGGUGAUUUUAUUGCCUUGGAAUGGUAUGACAGCACAGUCUGUCACCGCUUGGGUUGCUGUGUUCCGUGUUUUGACUGGUAUUGGAAUUGGAGCUGACUAUCCGUUAUCUUCAUCUCUAUCCGCGGAAAAGUCACCAUUUGGCUCCCGUGCCGUGCAGGUAUUGACUGUGUUCUCGAACAUCGGACUGGGCAACAUCGCAGCGAGCAUUGUCUUCCUUGUAUUACUCAAGGCAUUUGAAGGAGCUGUAUCCAAUGACCUGAAUCAUCUCGAAUGGGUGUGGCGACUACUGUUGGGAAUUGGAAUCAUUCCUGCACUUUUCACCCUUUACGCUCGCUUGACAAUUUCAGAGACUGUCCCCUAUAAACAAUAUGUCUGUGACGAUGCUGCUGGACAAAAACGGGGAUUUAGCGAGCAGUGGAGGGACUUUCGCGAAUACUUCCGUGAGAUCCGUCAUGCAAAAGUACUUUUUGCGACAGCUGCUUCUUGGUUUUUGUUUGAUAUCGCUUACUACGGUAUAAACCUCAAUCAAAGCAUCAUCCUGACCAGGAUCGGCUACGCCAAGGGCGCAACACCCUGGCAGACUCUUUACAACACUGCAGUAGGAAAUAUUAUCGUUCAAGCUGCGGGGUUCCUUCCUGGCUUCUACGUGGGUAUCUUCCUCCCAGAUCGCAUUGGCAGAGUCCGUCAACAGUUCUACACUUGUAUUAUGGUGUGCAUAUUGUAUGCCAUUUGGGCAGGGAUUAGCACACAAAGCGCACAUACCUCAACAGCCGGCUUGAUGGUAAUAUUCGCGCUAUCCCAAUUUUUGUUGACCGUUGGCCCCAACUGCACAACUUUCUUGAUCCCCGCUGAGGUGUUUCCCACUCGAGUUAGAGGUACAGCCCAUGGCAUCUCUGCCGCUGCCGGAAAAUGCGGUGCAAUUCUUACCGCAUUUGCCUUUGGUACUGUUGAAGAUACGAUUAGCCUUGAAGGUGUUCUUGGUCUAUUCUCCGGUGUCAUGUUUCUCACUGCUCUCGUCACACUUAUGAUACCGGAGAGCAAGAACCAUACUCUUGAGGGGAUUGAAAGAGGCGCGCUGUAUGGCGACACAGCUGCCGUUGCAGAGUCAUCAUCCUCUGGAAGUGUUGUAUAUGUUAACGAACACGGCCCGAAGGUCUAG